AUGGGCUUCUUGCAAUGCAUCGUCAAGAACGAUUCAACAAAGUCGGAUCCGCCGGAGAUCUACAAUGGACGCGUCUUCCUCGUCAGUCUGGUUGCCUGCUCCGGAGCCCUUCUGUUCGGUAUGGACAUGGGCAUCAUGGGCGGUGUGCUGACAAUGGAUACAUUUCAGCGGCAGUACGGCCUCAAGGACAAGUCUCCCACCGAGCUCGCAAACCUUUCUUCCAACAUCGUUUCUGUAAUCCAAGCCGGUGCCUUCGCGGGCGCCCUCUUCGCGUCCUGGCUGGCGAAUAAGUUUGGAAGAAGAUGGUCACUCAUUUACGCAUCCUUCCUCCUCUUCGCUGGUGUGGCUUGUCAAGCUGGUGCAUCAGGCCAUGUUGAAGUGCUAUACGUGGGACGGCUACUCGCUGGCCUCGCGGUUGGUAUUGCGAGCACGGUCAACCCACUCUACGUCUCUGAAAACGCACCUAGAGGCAUCCGAGGCCUUCUCACAGGUCUCUACCAGCUGACCUUGGUGUCUGGCUUGACACUUGCGUUCUGGAUCAACUACGGGAGCAACCUUCACUUGCAUGGCCAAAUUCAAUACGUCUUGCCUCUGGCUAUCCAAGCGGUCCCGGGUAUCACACUCUGCGUUGGCAUGUUCUUUGCCAAUGAAUCACCGAGGUGGCUUGCUCAGAAGAAUCCCACAAAGGCUCUCCAGGUACUGGCGACCCUACGUGGUCUUCCUCCAACUCAUCAAUACGUAGUUGACGAGAUGGGUGGUAUUGAACUUCAAUUGGAAGAGGAACGCGCGCUCACCGGUGGUAAAUCGGCGUGGAGCAUGUUGAAGGAAGCCUUCACCAUCAAAUCAUAUCGCAGACGAUCGAUCCUUUGCAUCACGCUUAUGAUGUGGAGUAACCUGACCGGAACGAACGCCAUGACAUACUACAGCCCUACAAUCUUCGCAUCGGUGGGCCUUUCCGGUAGCUCCGUUGGUCUGUUUGCCACGGGAAUAUAUGGCAUCGUCAAGAUGGUAGCGUGCGCAAUUUUCAUCUUCUUUGUCACAGAUUCUCUCGGUAGAAGGAAGUCGCUACUGUGGACUGGCUGCGUACAGGGACUUGCACUGUUCUAUGUCGGCUUCUACAUCCGUUUCGACCCACCUGUCAAAGGCGAACCCAUCUCAGCGGCUGGCUACGUCGCGUUGGUCAUGAUCUAUAUUUUCGCCUCCGUGUAUCAAUUCGGCUGGGGUCCUGUGGUCUGGACGUACAGCUCCGAGAUUCCCCCUGCUCGACUGCGCGCACUCAUGAUGGGUAUGGCAGUUGCAAGCCAGUGGCUGUUCAACUUCGUUGUCGCAAAAGCAACACCGUCCAUGUUCGCGACACUCGGUAAGAACGGCUUUGGCACGUACUUCGUGUAUGGAAGCUUUUGCUUUGUUAUGGUCAUCUACGCGUGGUUCUUAAUUCCAGAGACUAAAGGAGUUUCUUUGGAACACAUGGACGAGCUUUUCUCUCAGAACAAUGUGAGGAAUAAGUUUGUGCCCACUCCACGCGCAAUGGUGUGGGAGAGCGACGCUGAUGUCAAAGGUGUUGAGGAUGCGAAGUCAGCCAGUGAGCAUUUUGAGCGCAUCUGA